UAGUUGAUGGCCACCGAUGUACAAACAAACCUUUUAUCAAUUACUUGACUUGGUGCAUGGUAUAAAAUUGAUGUAUAACCAACAAUGAGUGGACAUUCCAUAAAUUAUAGUUGCAUAGUGAUGAACAGAGUAAUUUUCAUCAAGAGCAUAGCCUGCGUUAUUUUAGCUCUACACUCUUCCGGGGAAGUAGUGGGACGUCUGACUAAACGUAAUGGUUAUAUUUACAAGUCAUCGCCAUCAUCUUCAGCAUCAUCAUCGCCACAUGGUGGCAGUGCUUUGUUUGUACCCCAAGAAUCGCACUCGGCUCCAGGUCAUGAUGGCUCCUAUGGGGAUGGUGGCAGUGGAAGUGAUUCCUCACCUCACAGUAAAUAUGAAGAUAAUUACUACGACUACAGGGUAGUAUCAUCUAACACUGUGGGUGGUGGUGGACCAUCAUCAUCCUCAUAUCAUUUGGAACGUGAAACAGGCUCUUCCAAAUCUGGUGGCUUGAAAAUUUCCAGCUCAUCGGGCAGUGAUCAUGAUGUGACAUAUCAUUUGACCAGUGAAUCCAUUUCCAGUGCUCCCAAAUCCGGUUACAGCAUUGGCAGUGGCUUACGCUCCAUAGCUCAAGGCUCUGCUAAUCAGGCCUACAGUGCAGUGGCCUCACAACAUGCUGCCGCUAAGCAGGCAGCAUUUUUGGCCAAAAACUCUUUGGCCCAGGCAGCAUCUCAGGCAGCCGCAACUGCACAGGCAGCCUUAGAGGGCAAGCAAGUGCUAUUGCAAGAACUACAACAGCAAGCGGCCAUGGCACAGCAGGGUCUAUCUCGAGAAUUGGAACAAUUAAAGUUGGCCAAAAUUACCACCCAUUUGGCGCAGCAAGCUGCUAGGGCAGCGCGAAAUCAAAUUUCUGUUUUAACAGCUGCUCUCAAUAACGCCAAGGCAGUGGCCGAACAUGCGGAUCAAACCUCUCAAGAGGUAUCAAAUCAAUUAGCCUCCCAGUCAUCUAUGGUGGGUCAGGCCAAAUCGCGCCUAGAGCAAGUGGAGGAACAACUGAAACAGGCCACCAUCGAUUUUGAAGCUACCAAGGAGGCAGCCUUAAAGGCCUCCUCAUCAGCGGCAGCGGCACAGGUCAAUGCUUCACAGGCUGCGGCUCAUGCAACCCAAAAAUUGCAUGAAAGUACCCACGACCAUCCUCCCUCUGCCUCCGCAGAUGAUUCUUUCGAAGAUGCUCAAGCUUUGACACAUCAAAUUCAUUCGGUGUCACGAAGACAUCCCUCACACUCAUCCAUUGAUAGAAUGGAGGCGAAACAAUAGGAACGAGUGAUACAUUUUAGUUAUUUUUACUUUUUUUUUACAUAAGAUUCACAAAAUUCCUAACUUAUUUGUAAGGUUCAUAAACUAAACGCAUCUGCCAAACAUCUGAGU